AUGGAGUUCAGCAACCAUAUCUUCAAUUUCAGCAAGUCCUACGACAUCGACCCGACCAAUCCCAAUUUCGCGCAGGGGUCGAAGAAGCUCUGCGCAGUGUCGACCUUCAACGACAUCAUGAGUCCGGCCAAAUUCGACAACAUGUAUUUUCGCAACUUGCAGAGAGGGUUGGGUUUGUUGAGUACGAUCCAGGCUUUGAUGACGGACUGGAGGAUGAAGCCGCUGGUGGAUCUCUAA